AAUUUGUGAUCUAUAGUUUUAAAGCCAACUCUUUUUUCCUGGUUUUUCCUGUUUUCUACAGCACCCCCUGGGGAAAGACAUUUUCUGCUCCCACCAAGUUGGCAGGGCCUGCUUCCUGAGUCUCCUGGGUGUGUCUUAAUUGCCAGUCCCAGCACCUCCUGAGCGCCCCGCUCUUUCCUCCAGUGGCCACAGUGGAAGGAUCAUGGGAGAAACAGAAGGGAAGAAAGAUGAGGCUGAUUAUAAGCGACUGCAGACCUUCCCUCUGGUCAGGCACUCGGACAUGCCAGAGGAGAUGCGAGUGGAAACCAUGGAGCUAUGUGUCACAGCCUGUGAGAAAUUCUCCAACAACAACGAGAGUGCCGCCAAGAUGAUCAAAGAGACCAUGGACAAGAAGUUCGGCUCCUCCUGGCACGUGGUGAUUGGCGAAGGCUUUGGGUUUGAGAUCACUCAUGAGGUGAAGAACCUCCUCUACCUAUACUUCGGGGGGACCCUGGCUGUGUGUGUCUGGAAGUGCUCCUGACACUGUGGCCCCUGCCCCUGCCCCCAUCCCCUGCAGGGUCUCUCUCUGCCGUUCAUCUGGGAUGGGGGGCAGCCCCAGGCAGGUCCUGGUUUUUCCAAGGAGAGUUGGGGUCUUUUCUUUUUGUCCUUGUGUACCAGUGUCCUGAGCCACGCCCAGUGUGUGAACUUGUUGACAUUUCCAUCCCAGGCUCUCGGUCACAUCACUUAGAGUCCCAGGGUGUUGACAGGGCAGCAGGCGGUGGUCUCUAUGGAGAAAUGUGGGCGAGGAAGUGUGACAGGGUGAAGGAGGUGGGGGUGGGAUUUUCUCACAAGGAUGUGCCAGUCCCACCUUUCUUGAGGGCUGCUCUCCCCUCACAUCCUGGGAGCUCCACUGCUCUUCCGUCCCCAGUACUGCUAGGAGCUGUCUGCUGUCCUUGUCAUCAGUGACCAUAUGAAAAUGGCCCCAGGAAGGAUCUUCUCCUCUCAAGGGACACAGGCAGCUUCUUUCCUUGUCCUCUGGGGAAGUCCUGAGCCCGCAGAAGCCCCUUCCGCCAGCCUGAACAGACCACUGCGUCUCACAGGCCAGCAGCCCCAGGCCCCAGCCCUGGCAUGUGGACCAAGCCGUCGCCCCCCAUCCUCUCCUCUCUGCCCACCGCCAGGCACGAACCUUGACACUGCCUCGACCCACACAGUUGAGAGCCACGGGCUGGGUGUGGGAACUGCUCCACACAGUUCUCCAGGUGUCACUGAGCCUGUGGUGAGACACGGGCCAGGAGUGCGCUCACCAUGAGGCCUGCUUCCGCAGGGAAACCUGGCUGCCAGUUACCUAUCAUCAGGGACCGCAUGCUGAUUUGUACUGUUAUCUCUGCUGGGUUUUCUAUAUUCUUUUUCGAGUGUGGGGAGAAGGGUUUUAGUAGAAGGGUGAAUUGUAUUUUACACAGCGGUCUUAUUUAUAUAAAUGUCUUGCUUUUUACAAUUAAAAUUACCAAAAGCUGA